AUAGCGUGAAUGUAUUUCUGUCCACGUUGGCCAAGCCGGAGUUCAGAUCGGUAACGCGUGCUGGGAGUUGUACUGUUUGGAACAUGGAAUUCAGCCUGAUGGCCAAAUGCCUAGCGACAAAACCAUCGGCGGAGGAGACGACUCCUUCAACACUUUUUUCAGCGAAACAGGAGCAGGGAAACACGUUCCUCGUGCUGUGUUCAUCGACUUAGAACCAACCGUUGUCGGUAAGAUCAGUCAAACCUGUCCUUUUCAAAAUUAAUUGUUUUUUUGUGACAUAAACACAAAAUUUUAUAUUGCCUCAUCAGCGACUUACAUCGUUACUAAACUUUCCGCAAUGUAAUCGAGGAGUGUGCUCUUGACAUCGCGUAACUCGAGGGGAUAUUUUUAGAAUUGUUUAAUUUUGUCCUUGAAGACAUUUUGGUUCAAAUCGGAUGUUUGAAUUUAAGUUAAAUCCACCUCUUAUGUUCCGUUUGAACCUGGGCAUUAUUCUUAUUGCGACUUAAUGUGGUAAAAUUGAUCUUCUUCAGGGCACUUUACGAGUUAACUUUGUUGCUUCACAAACAGAUCUCACGACACUUUAGGCUACGGGGAAACUUAGGACAAAAACAUAGAAAUACAGACCUACUAUCGCGAAAAAUAAAACAAACUAAACAGGCAAAGAAUUGAAUUCUUGGAAAUGUGCAUCCAAUUUGAAAUUUUUAGAACGAAUUUCCAUAUUUUAAUUACAAAUAACUGGAUUCGAUAAAUAUGAUUAGAGGCUAACUAAAAUUUCAUGUUUAAGAUGAGGUUCGCACUGGUACCUACAGACAGCUGUUUCACCCUGAACAGUUGAUCACUGGCAAAGAAGAUGCUGCCAAUAACUACGCUCGUGGUCACUACACUGUCGGGAAAGAAAUAAUUGAUCUUGUUCUGGACAGGAUCAGAAAACUGGUUAGCUCCCCUUAAUAUGCUAGUUACAUUUGCUUUCUUUACACUACUAAUUGACUCUAGUGUGAUCUCUCAUAUCGGAAGCUUAAACCUUUGUUUUGAAUUUCUUCUCAGGCUGAUCAGUGUACUGGUUUGCAAGGUUUCCUUAUUUUCCAUUCCUUUGGUGGUGGUACUGGCUCUGGAUUUACUUCUCUGCUCAUGGAGCGUCUGUCAGUUGACUAUGGCAAGAAAUCCAAGCUGGAAUUUGCAAUCUACCCUGCACCACAGAUUGCUACAGCUGUUGUAGAGCCCUACAACUCCAUCCUGACAACUCACACCACUUUGGAGCACUCUGACUGUGCCUUCAUGGUUGACAAUGAAGCCAUCUAUGACAUCUGUCGCCGCAACCUGGAUAUUGAGAGACCCACUUACACCAACCUGAACAGACUGAUUGGUCAGAUUGUGUCAUCAAUCACUGCUUCACUGCGCUUUGAUGGUGCCUUGAAUGUUGAUUUGACAGAGUUUCAGGUAUUUAUUAGAUGAAGAGUACUUUUUAAACUUGGUGAAUCAGCAUACUUCUGAUGCAAGUUGACGAAUUUUUUCCAGUAGAUAACCAGUUUGCUCUUGUGUUUGUAGACCAACUUGGUACCAUACCCCCGUAUCCACUUUCCUCUGGCCACCUAUGCCCCAGUGAUCUCAGCAGAGAAAGCUUAUCAUGAGCAGUUGAGUGUUGCUGAAAUCACCAAUGCCUGCUUUGAGCCAGCUAAUCAGAUGGUUAAAUGUGACCCACGUCAUGGGAAAUACAUGGCCUGUUGUUUGCUGUACCGUGGUGAUGUGGUACCAAAAGAUGUAAAUGCUGCUAUUGCAACAAUCAAGACCAAGAGGACCAUUCAGUUUGUGGACUGGUGUCCAACUGGCUUCAAGGUUUGUGUUUGAGUUGUUUAAAAUUUCAAGGAAGGAUCAUCAUAUUUUACCUGAGUCAACUACAGAAAGUCUCACGUAGCUUUUUUUCCAAGGGAAACUGCUUCUAAUGGUGAUUUUAUUAAUACUGUAAUUCCUAUGCCCUAUGGCAGGCUGUCCUGGUAAAAUAAUUGUUGUUUAUUGUGAGAAAUUCCCUUUUUAACCCUGUGGAGAGUCACUAUAGUUUGAAGUAGGGGACUUAUUUUCAUGUUCAUAUCCUUAAAAAACUUCAACUGGUCAUUAUUUAUGUGUAUAGAAAAGGUAAGAAGCCCAAAAACUUUUUUGUUGAAGGGGGUUGGAGUAUACAAUGGUACAAAACACAUACUUGUGGAAAGUAUGGCUGGUGGAAUGGGUCUAAAGAGUUGUGCCAAAUUGAAUGGCUCACUUUUGACCCUUUAACUCCCUGAAGUGAUCAACCUGAGACUUCUCCCUAUAUUAUCCUUGCAUUAUCCAGCAAACAGGUAUUGAGAAUAUUCAAACUUAUCAAGUAAAAGUUGUUGACUUGAUCUGACACAAAAUUCUCCUAAAUUAAUUUAUAGGGAAGUGGGUUGCUGGUAGAAGGAAGAAUUAACAAUCAGAUCUUGGGAGUUAAAGGGUUAAAUGGUGCACUAAAUUGAAAGACUCACUCUUGAAUGGCUCACCAGAUUGAAUAGCUCAUUCUUGAAUGGCUCAUCAGAUUUAAUAGCUCACUGUUGAAUGGCUCAUCAAAUUCCAUGGCUCACUGUUGAAUGGCUCACCAGAUUGAAGAGCUCACUAUUGAAUGGCUCACACUUCGCAACACUCCACCAAUCUCGCCUGCAAGAGGCUGGCAUCAAGUAUACACCACGCUUUCUGCCCAGCAUUCAGUGAGCUGUGAGCCAUUCAAUAAUGAGCCAUCCAAUUUGGUAGAGAGUGACUUGGUAGUGAGCUAUUCAAAUUGGUGAGCAAUUUAAUAUCAAGCCAUUCAAUUUGGCACUACUAAUUUUUAUACAAUCCACUCGCCAUUGGAAAUUUGUUUGUAAAUAUGUGGGUGUAAGUCUUUCCAGUCAGAAUUCAAUGAAAACCCUUGUAUGCAGAAAAGAUAACCCUGCUAACAUUAAAUUUUGAAUUGCUUUUUUAGGUUGGCAUCAACUAUCAGCCUCCUACAGUUGUUCCUGGUGGUGACCUGGCCAAAGUUCAGCGUGCUGUCUGUAUGUUGAGUAACACCACAGCUAUUGCAGAGGCCUGGGCACGUUUAGAUCAUAAGUUUGAUCUGAUGUAUGCCAAACGUGCGUUUGUCCACUGGUAUGUGGGUGAGGGUAUGGAGGAAGGAGAGUUCUCUGAGGCUCGUGAAGAUUUGGCUGCAUUGGAGAAGGACUAUGAGGAAGUUGGAGUGGAUUCUGUUGAUGCAGAAGGGGAGGAAGAAGGAGAUGAAUAUUAGUCAUUUUUCAUCUCAGUAAAAAGGACAAAAACUAAAAAACUUUUUAGGACUUUCAUUGUAUAUUUUAUGAUCUUUAAAAUACACUUUGACUUGCCCUCCUUAGCACCCUGUCCCUAGUUGUUGUGUCAUAUAUGGAUUAUUUUCAACUGUUUUAAUGAUGGCCUAGUUCCGGACAUCAUCUUGUCUUCCUCUGAAUUAUAGAAGUGUCAUUCAAAAGAUAAACAAAGAAAAAUCGUGCCAGGAAAGAAAUAGAGGAAAGUGAAUGACUCAGAGAACCAAACAAUUGCACAAGGCGGAAAGAAUCUUUGAAAGCAGCGCGCGCGCGCGAGCGAGACGUCACGCGUGUAAAAAAACAUUGGAGGGCCUUGUCCAGAGUUCCUGCCGAAAAUAGUAUUCGAGCAGUUCCCUAGAUGGACAGAUCCCUUUUUUUUUGUGUUGUGCAUCACAUAUAAAUGAAUCAAAGAAACCUACGACCAACUUAUGGAUAAAGUAAUCCUGAAAUGACACAUGUUUGUCAACUUUUUACAGUGGUCCAGUAGCAUGUAAAGUUGCUCUCUCCUCCAGAGCUAAUGCGCUUGCUUUGCUGCACCCACAUUACGUGCAACAUUACAAUGCAUCACGUUAAGGACUUUUUGCACGUUCCAGCGAACAUACAUAUCGGAAGCUCACUCGCUAAUAUUAAAACCUAAAGUGAUUCAAUCCUCUCCAUAUAGCAAAUGUCGGAGGAGUGUUAUUAUGGAAAAUUUUGCUCACUUUCCGAUCGACCAUAAGUCCUUUUAAAUGGCCAUGUCUAUAACACGAAAAACCAAAAUUUGCUUCGGUGUGCUCUUGGUUACUCCAAAUCUUUCUGGAGAUGUGUUACAUAACAGGAGAAGAUAAAUUAUUUUUAUCAAAACUUGCGUUGUAAAAUCAAAGAUGCUGAAAGAAAUCCAUAAAAGGCCUAGGGUUUUUUCGGUAUUACUUUGUAACUUUGCUCCAGAGAUAUUUAGAAUGUUGGUAACGAUCCAACUCCGCAGAAUAAUAAAGAUAUACCUCGGGCAGUCUACAAAAUCAGUACGAAAGAAAAUCCUGCGUUUAUCAUAUUUCUGUUAAAAAAAUAAAUCAAAUUUAGACGCUGCGAUUCAAAUCUUUCUUUGCCUGCGCGAUCCAAUUUCCUCGGUAUUUCCAGUCCAUUGUCACGUUUCGCCGCACAGUCGCUCAAUAAAUAUUUGCGUUUUAAAACGAUGAUAUUUGUUUACUAGUUUUUCUCCCUCCUACAUCUCUUAACAAACCCAAACCUCUAAAGUUUUCUGCCUCGGGAGAUACGCAUUUUAGGAACUUGUCAUUAUCAGGCCUGUGCGGAAAGAUCAAAGCCCCCCACCCCUCCAAACUGUGUAAAUAGCAAGCGAACCCUUUUCUUUAUUCAAUAGUUAUGAACCCCCCCCUCCCCCUCACCUCAUAUUUCCUUAUAGGGGCAAAUACAUAUACCAGCAUUAUUAACUAAUGAAAGUGAUGUUUUGUUAGAAAACAUUUCUUGAUUUUGGAAAAGUGAUAGAUUCUACAAAUUAUGGUGAACACAAAUAUAUUACUAUUGUAUUUGUGACUUUGUCCCGGAGAAAUUACAAUUAUAGCCAUGCAGAAAAAGCUAUUUUCCAGUGAUUUUCCUACAGUUGUAAAAGGACUACUUUCUUGUUGUGAUAUCAUGUUUUAAUAUUGCUUUCAUGACGGAGCGGGGGGAGGGCACGGCUACGCAUGGGCUGAGUAUGUCUGCAUCUUAAUGAGUGAGUGUGUGACCAACUUGCAUAGUACUUCGGGCAUCCACAAGUGAAAAUGCGUCAUUCUUAUUUCAAAUUGCAUGAUGUGGUUCAUAUAUACUUUCAUGGUUGACUGAACAAGUAAGCAGUCAUAAAUAAUGCAGGCAAAAAUCAAGUGAAUCCCUUGAGACCUUCGUAUCCCUGGUUAAUGCGGCUAAAUCUGUCAAUACAGGAAAGGUGGGGCUCAUUGAAACUGAAAGAUACAGGUUUUUGAUUGGACCUUUCGUAUGACGGAGUAGAUUGCCAUGCCAACUGCGGUUUCUUGGAGUACCUGCUUUUUAGGAGCGCGCAAAUCAAGGAUUGGCAUAUUGUACCGUUUCUUUCUUCUAUCGAAAGCCGUUGCCUUUCCGAAAGAAGUUUCAAGCGCUUUAUACAGUAUUUUCCUGCCUGAAAUCUAACACUACAUCAACAUGGUAAGCAUGAAUCUACUGACUGAGAUUUUGCGGAGAUUUCGAAGACAUUCUAUUUAAUUACAUUGGAUUUCAAAGUAAUUUAUCACGUUCUUUCUCGAAGUUUCGAUUCGAUUCUUUGAACCAGUCAGUUCUUCGGGUUCCACCUUUCACUUCAUUUACUGUUUUUGAGUUUAACUUGAGACAUUUAACAUUUAAUUCUCCUCGAUGCUUCUUGUAACGUACAUAGCGUGAAUGUAUUUCUGUCCACGUUGGCCAAGCCGGAGUUCAGAUCGGUAACGCGUGCUGGGAGUUGUACUGUUUGGAACAUGGAAUUCAGCCUGAUGGCCAAAUGCCUAGCGACAAAACCAUCGGCGGAGGAGACGACUCCUUCAACACGUUUUUCAGCGAAACAGGAGCAGGAAAACACGUUCCCCGCGCUGUGUUCGUUGAUUUGGAACCAACCGUCGUCGGUAAGUUUACUAAUAUGUCUGAAGUGUUCCUCCUACAAGUUGCAAUUUCGCAGUUAUCAAACGUCGAAAAAAUUAUUUAGCAUUUUCAUUUUAUCAGAAGCGUCAUAUACAGUGCAUAAACUGUGGUAAAAGCGAAGCAUUCAAAGAUAUCCGCCCAAAUUACCUCCCGCCGAGGAGUUAAACGCGGCCCGAAUUAUUAAGUAUCAGAUUAGACUUGCCGUGUCUGUAUCCUCACUUAACUUUCUUCUUUGGAACUUCUGUUUCGCGUGCUCCUAUGUUUUAUUACUCUUGAUCCUAAAAACUGAGCCUUCUCUUGAGACGAAUAUUGAUUAGAACAGCGAGACGGAGAGUAUUGUGCUUGGCAACAACUGUAAACAGAGUGUACCAUGCCUCAUCAAAAGACACGAACAAAAGUUGAAAGAAAAUAGAUGUUAAGAUUCGUUGGUUAAAUUUUCCUUCCCAUGUAGGAAAACGUAUACAGAGAAAGUGAAAAUGUUGGCCUUGUUCGUCUGAAAUACGUUUAUGUUGAUGGAGUUGUCACUCGUCAGUCUGAUUUUGAAGAAGGGUAUAUUUCUACGAACACUGGCGGUGGUGGUGUUACAAGAUAAUUUAGGUAUUAACCGAGUUGAAAAUGCUAUUUGGUCACCGAAAAAAGUUGCUAAAGCUGACAUUUCGAGCGUUAGCCCUUCGUCAGAGCAAAUCAAAGGCGAACUAAAGGCUAUCAUUUGAAAGAUAAAUUUAAGAAACUUUUAAGAGUGGUCAAUUUACUUUAUCAACUCCACUGAUCAAACCCAAUGAUCAUGUCAAAGUUCUCACGAAGUAUUUGCUGUUUCAGAUGAAGUUCGUACUGGUACCUACAGACAGCUGUUUCACCCUGAACAGCUGAUCACUGGCAAAGAAGAUGCUGCUAACAACUAUGCUCGCGGUCACUACACUGUUGGGAAAGAAAUGAUUGAUCUUGUUCUGGACAGGAUUAGGAAGUUGGUAAGCCACCUAUGUCUCUUUCUCAAUCAAGUGGUGUCUGACAUGAUACUGUCUAAACUAGGGUACAAAAAUUAAACAGAUACCAAAUUUUCCUCUUUGAUAUAAAAUCCCAGAAUGUUAAAACAAAUAUUUAUGCUUUGAAUUCCCCCUUAGGCUGAUCAGUGUACUGGUUUGCAAGGUUUCCUUAUUUUCCAUUCCUUUGGUGGUGGUACUGGCUCUGGAUUUACUUCUCUGCUCAUGGAGCGUCUGUCAGUUGACUAUGGCAAGAAAUCCAAGCUGGAAUUUUCUAUCUACCCAGCACCACAAAUUGCUACAGCUGUUGUAGAGCCCUACAACUCUAUCCUGACAACUCACACCACUUUGGAGCACUCUGACUGUGCCUUCAUGGUUGACAAUGAAGCCAUCUAUGACAUCUGUCGCCGCAACCUGGAUAUUGAGAGACCCACUUACACCAACCUGAACAGACUGAUUGGUCAGAUUGUGUCGUCAAUCACUGCUUCACUGCGCUUUGAUGGUGCCUUGAAUGUUGAUUUGACUGAGUUUCAGGUAUUUAUUAGAUGAAGAGUACUUUUUAAACUUGGUGAAUCAGCAUACUUCUGAUGCAAGUUGAAGAAUUUUUUUCUAGUAGAUAACCAGUUUGCUCUUGUGUUUGUAGACCAACUUGGUACCAUACCCCCGUAUCCACUUUCCUCUGGCCACCUAUGCCCCAGUGAUCUCAGCAGAGAAAGCUUAUCAUGAGCAGUUGAGUGUUGCUGAAAUCACAAACGCCUGCUUUGAGCCAGCUAAUCAGAUGGUUAAAUGUGACCCACGUCAUGGGAAAUACAUGGCCUGUUGUUUGCUGUACCGUGGUGAUGUGGUACCCAAAGAUGUAAAUGCUGCCAUUGCAACAAUCAAGACCAAGAGGACCAUUCAGUUUGUGGACUGGUGUCCAACUGGCUUCAAGGUUUGUAAUUUGGAUAAGAAAGCUAUUUUAGAUGUUCCCAAAAAUUAAGUCAAAUUUAUGGCUUGUCAGAAUUUUAACUUUAGAGAAGUUGUACAUAUAUUGAAAACUUUUGAAUUACUUUUUUAGGUUGGCAUUAACUAUCAGCCUCCCACAGUUGUUCCUGGUGGUGACCUGGCCAAAGUUCAGCGUGCUGUUUGUAUGUUGAGUAAUACCACAGCUAUCGCAGAGGCCUGGGCCCGUCUGGAUCAUAAGUUUGAUCUGAUGUAUGCCAAACGUGCAUUUGUCCACUGGUAUGUGGGUGAGGGUAUGGAGGAAGGAGAGUUCUCUGAGGCACGUGAAGAUUUGGCUGCAUUGGAGAAGGACUACGAGGAAGUUGGAGUGGAUUCUGUUGAUGCAGAAGGGGAGGAAGAAGGAGAGGAAUACUAG